ACUCCCACACACUCUGCUAGGAAGAAGAGAAGACCGAUCGAGAGAAUCAGGCGAACAGAAAAGAAGAAAGAAAUGGGGAUUUACAUGCAAGAUGUGCUAUGUUAAAGAGAGCACCGGCUAAGGACAAAGACUUAUUUGUCGGUAAAAGCAAGGAAGUACAGCAUAUUUCUCUAAUGCAAAAUUGCAUGCAGGCAAGAAACAACAAAAAAAAAAAUACCUGAAGAUUCCAGGAAUACCGCAACGAGGAUAAACUUCUUUAAUGAAGGCGUGAGAGGAAUAAAAGGAAAUACUUGGCUGGCUGUUUCUAUUUCACUUUUUUGGAGCUUUAAGUGAAACUGAGCCUGUGUAUGAGCACAACAAUUCAGUGGGUCACAUAAUGAUCUACUGGGACCUCAAAGGUGAAACUUAAAAUGAUGAAGAAACCCUUGGAAAUCCUCAAGUGCAAUUGAAUGAGAACAUUCAGCAGGAAAACCUUUGGAGCUAAUACUACUUUUAGUGUUAAGUGUGUUGUUGCCGCGUCCACGCUUUGACCGACAAGCUGCCAGUGUGCACCAGAGAUUUUCAAAGAGCAUGUCCCUCAAGCUCCAAGCCGCUCACCUCUCACACAAACAGGAAAGUCCAAACAUGUCUGCUGAGGUCCGUUUGGAGCGCCAGAAGAAGGCCGACCUGAGAGCUACUCCAGCAUUUGCUCCACGUGUCCCUACGGUCACACUUAUCAGCCACCGUGAGCUGAGGGAUAAAUACCCUGCCCACAUACUCCAGCCUGAAAGCCUCGAUCACAACCUGGCGGCCAGCAGCCAUUACAGAUAUAGUGAAGGUAGCAGAGUGCAGAAGGUUGGAACAAUGCCAGAUUCACCUGCGGAUGUGAAAACCCAGCCCAGGUCCACCCCACCCACCAUGCCUCCUCCCCCCCCGGCUGUCAGCCAAGCAACCAAUCGCAAUGCUUCAUUCACCCCUACCACUAGUAAAUCAAUGCUGAAUGGGAGCAGCCACUCUCCUACAUCGCUAAACGGUGCUCCGUCCACUCCUAACGGCUUCAGCAACGGGCCGGCCAUGUCCUCAACAGCCUCGCUGUCCAACCAACAGCUCCCGCCAGCCUGUGGUGCCCGGCAGCUCUGCAAGCUGAAGCGCUUUCUCACCACGCUGCAGCAGUUUGGCAACGACAUAUCGCCUGAGAUUGGAGAAAGAGUGCGCAGCCUUGUGCUGGGACUGGUGAAUUCCACUCUCACCAUUGAAGAGUUUCACUCUAAACUUCACGAGGCCACCAACUUCCCUCUGAGGCCAUUUGUCAUUCCUUUCUUAAAGGCAAACCUGCCCCUGCUGCAGAGAGAACUGCUUCACUGUGCCAGGUUGGCCAAGCAGACCCCAGCUCAGUAUUUGGCCCAACACGAGCAGCUACUCCUGGACGCAAACGCCAGCUCACCCCUCGACUCCUCCGAGAUAAUGCUGGAGAUGAAUGAGCAUGGCAAGAGAAGGACCCCUGACAGGACCAAAGACAGCUCAGAGAGAGAUGGGUUGCACCCGGAGCACCUGGCUAAGAGGCCCUGCACCAUCAGCCCCAGCCAACGCUUCAGCCCCAGCACAGGUCUUCCUGCUCACCCUCCUCCAAAUGGACUCCCCACGCACCCUCCCAAUGGCAUCCCCCACCCGCCCAUCCCCAAGUGGCCCCAGCACUAUCGUUUAGAAGACAUGGCCCUGGCACACCAAUACAGAGAUGCUUACAGACAUAAUGACCACCGUGAAGCCCGAGACAGGCACCGGCAGACAGCAGUGCACGGAGCUCGCCAAGAGGAGGUGAUCGACCACCGUCUUACAGAUCGAGAGUGGGCAGAGGAAUGGAAGCACCUCGAUAAUCUCCUGAACUGCAUCAUGGACAUGGUAGAGAAGACAAGGCGCUCCUUGACGGUGCUGCGCCGCUGCCAGGAGGCCGACCGGGAGGAGAUGAAUCACUGGAUUCGGCGCUACAGUGACGUGGAGGAGAUGAAAAAAGGUGGGAGCAACGGACAGCACUGCCUUCCUCCUCCUCCUCUUCCUCCUCCUCACCACAACUCCUCCUCCAACACAGCUAGCAGCAGCGAAUCACUGCCCAUAGGAACUUCCUCGGCUGCUGAAAGGCAGACAGGCAGACAGACAGAGAUCCAUCGAGACUUUUUACACAGGCCUCCCUCAGGAUACCUGCCAGAAGAAAUCUGGAGGAAAGCUGAGGAGGCAGUGAAUGAGGUGAAGCGACAGGCGAUGUCGGAGCUGCAGAAAGCAGUGUCAGACGCUGAGAGGAAAGCUCAUGAGAUGAUUUCUGCUGAGCGCUCUAAAAUGGAGAGGGCACUGGCUGAAGCCAAGAGGCAAGCCUCUGAGGAUGCGCUAACAGUCAUCAACCAGCAGGAAGACUCCAGUGAAAGCUGCUGGAAUUGUGGGAGGAAAGCCAGCGAGACGUGCAGCGGCUGCAACACAGCUCGCUACUGUGGCUCCUUCUGCCAACACAAAGACUGGGAGAAGCACCACCAUGUCUGUGGUCAAGGCCUACAGGGGCUGCCAGGGGGCAGCAGUGUCCCUCUAGGAACCCCUUCCUCCUCCUCCAGCGCGCCCCCCACUCACUCUGAGGGCACUCCUCCAGGACCCCUGUCACUCGCAGCCCAGAGCAGUAUUGCGGGAGGGGCCGGUAGCGGCAGUGGAAGCGUUUCUGCCAGCCCCAAAGAGAGCAGUUCCAGCAGUGCCUCUCGCUCCACAACUCCAGCCACCCCCGCACUAUUGGACGCCACCUCUCGCUGA